AUGGGCUUCACCGAUUUUGUCUCCGACGCCGGCCUCACCCUCCUGAACAACUGGGUCAAGACGCGCAGCUACAUUGUUGGCUACACCCCAUCGCAGGCCGAUGUAAAGGUCUUCCAGCAGAUCAAGCAGAUUCCUGCACCAGAGAAGUUCCCAUACGCAUGGCGCUGGUACAACCACAUCCUCACCUUCGAGGGUGAGUUCGAGUCACUGCCCGGCGACCCAACCAAGGAGCACACUGCCUACGGCCCCGACUCCUCGGAACUCACACUCAACCCCGCCAAGGCACCUGAGAAGGAGGCUGAAGAUGAGGAUGACAUCGACCUGUUCGGCAGCGAUGAUGAAGAGGAAGAUGCGGAAGCGGAGAAGGUCAAGGCCGAGCGUCUUGCCGAGUACAACAAGAAGAAGGCCGGCAAGGUCAAGCCUGCUGCCAAGUCCAUCGUCACCCUUGAUGUCAAGCCAUGGGAUGACGAGACAAACAUGGAUGAGCUCAAGGCCAACGUUCUCGCCAUCGAGAAGGACGGUCUCGUCUGGGGUGCCUCGACACUCGUCGCUGUUGGUUUCGGUAUCAAGAAGCUGCAGAUCAACUUGGUCAUCGAAGACGAAAAGGUCUCGCUGGACGACUUGCAACAACUGAUUGAGGAGGACGAAGACCACGUUCAGUCAACCGAUGUUGUUGCUAUGCAGAAGUUGUAG